CUCUUCUCGCGCUCCCCGCUGGCCGCGGCUCCCUCGCGCUCUCCCCGUCUCCUCUCCGCUCCGCCGAGCGAUGCGAGCUCUGGGCCCCGGCGACGCCGCCUCCCGCUAGAGAGCUGCCCCCUCCCCCGGCCCGACCCCCUUCCCAGCCCUGCCCCGCGCGCGGGGGUCGGAGAAGGCGCUGCGGACGCACCGACGGCCGAGGAGCGGCGAUGCACAUGCACUAGCGGCACCCCCUAACUCACUCCCUCCACACCCCGCGCCGCCGCCGCCUCCACCUUCUCCGCCUCCGCCUCCUCCUCCUCCGCCUCCGGCAGCCGCGGCAGAAGGACCCACCCUGCCCCCCACCCCACCCUCCGCCGGCUCCGGCUGCGGAUCCAGCCUCGACUCCUAUUUUAUUUAUUUUGGGUCGUGCACUAGCCUCAGUGCCUGCAGCCCGCGCCUCCCGGGCCCGCGGGCGCCUCCUCCCUCGGCUCCGGAGCCCCAGACCCCGGCCACCCUCACCUCGACACCCCCAGACCCCGGCCAGACGCCGCUAGUCUUCGCCGCUGGAAUCUUGAUAGAGGCUGUCUUUUUUGGGGGAUUCUGGUCUUUCGACAAUUUUGUUCCCAGCCAAGGAGAGGAUAUCGUGAUUUUUCCCCCUUUGAGCCCAGGCUCUGCUCUUUGGGGGGGUGGGGGGCGCGCCGACCCGGGGAGUCGUGCCAGCCGAGUCGUGCGGGCUGUGGCAGGGAAGGGGCCACCAUGGGAUGUACUCUGAGCGCAGAGGAGAGAGCCGCCCUCGAGCGGAGCAAGGCGAUUGAGAAAAACCUCAAAGAAGAUGGCAUCAGCGCCGCCAAAGACGUGAAAUUACUCCUGCUGGGGGCUGGAGAAUCAGGAAAAAGCACCAUUGUGAAGCAGAUGAAGAUCAUCCAUGAAGACGGCUUCUCUGGAGAAGAUGUAAAGCAGUACAAGCCCGUUGUCUACAGCAACACCAUCCAGUCUCUGGCCGCCAUUGUCCGGGCCAUGGACACUCUGGGUGUGGAGUACGGCGACAAGGAGAGAAAGGCGGACUCCAAGAUGGUGUGCGAUGUGGUGAGCCGCAUGGAAGACACUGAGCCCUUCUCUGCGGAACUGCUGUCCGCCAUGACGCGGCUCUGGGGCGACUCGGGGAUCCAGGAGUGCUUCAACCGAUCUCGGGAGUAUCAGCUCAAUGAUUCUGCCAAAUACUACCUGGACAGCCUGGAUCGGAUUGGAGCCGCUGACUACCAGCCCACUGAGCAGGACAUCCUCCGAACCAGGGUCAAAACCACCGGCAUCGUAGAAACCCACUUCACAUUCAAGAACCUUCACUUCAGGCUGUUUGACGUUGGAGGCCAGCGAUCUGAACGCAAGAAAUGGAUCCACUGUUUUGAGGAUGUCACGGCCAUCAUCUUCUGUGUCGCACUCAGCGGCUAUGACCAGGUGCUCCACGAGGACGAAACCACGAACCGCAUGCAUGAGUCCCUGAAGCUUUUUGACAGCAUCUGCAACAACAAGUGGUUCACAGACACCUCCAUCAUCCUCUUCCUCAACAAGAAGGACAUAUUUGAGGAGAAGAUCACCAAGUCCCCACUGACCAUCUGCUUUCCGGAGUACACAGGCCCCAGUGCCUUCACAGAAGCUGUGGCUCACAUCCAGGGGCAGUAUGAGAGUAAGAAUAAAUCAGCUCACAAGGAAAUCUACACCCAUGUCACCUGCGCCACGGACACCAACAACAUCCAGUUUGUCUUUGAUGCUGUGACGGACGUCAUCAUCGCCAAAAAUCUGCGGGGCUGUGGACUCUACUGAGCCCUGACCUCCUGCCAGCCUGCUGCUCACUUCUCCCCUGGACCCAGAGCUCUGCCACCGCUCAGAUGCUCUGUGCACUGCAGAAAAACCCAGAGGCUGGCCCUGGGGGAGGACGAGGCAUCCUUUGAGCAUCCCCACACUACCCCACUCCAGCUGCAUGACACAUGGGAACAGGGUUGGGCAAAGGUGUGGAGCACACCACACACCACAAGGCCAGAGACAGCUGCAUGCCACCUGAGAGCUGUUCGCUGGCCACCUGUGUCUCUUAAGUGUUUUACUCAGAGCCUGAGUGGGCAACGCUGCCAUAUGGUUAGGAAUGGGCGUGUCCUGUGCCCUGUGCUCCUACUCAAAGUCCUGAUGUCUCUUCCUCAGCUGGGGUGAUAGGGUGGCUGGUGAUGGCCCUGUGGCAGGUGCUGGCUGAUUAGGGGAUAGUAGAUGCCAUCUCUCAGCUUUCCUUAGCGUCUGUUUGGUAGAGGGCAGUUCCGUCGCCAAAUGCCAACAUGGAAUCACGGCACUUUUGGGGUGCAGAGAUUCGGACCUUGGGGAAGGCUUCCCUCCUCCUUCAUCUUGGAUCUUAGCCCUUCUCUGGUCAUCUUCCCUUGCGCUUGGACUCCCCAGAAAACUCAGCCCUGACUCCUGUGGACCUUGAGCAUAUUCCUUAAGGCUGGCUGACUGCAGUGGUACAUGGAUGGGCAAACAGUCCUGUGCCACAUGCGUUAGGGUGGGAAGGAAGCUGAGGGGCGGGCAGCUCUUCCUGCAUAGGUUGAUUGUAAGUCCCGAAAGAGCCAUCUGUUGGCUCUACUCAGACAGGCUCGGCUGCCCUGAGUGUGAGCGGAUAGAUAUGCUUCUCCAGUCACAGCCCGAGUAGGCAGAGCCCUUGGGACUGAAGCCUCUUGAGUCAAGCACAGGAGACUUUAAUUUACUAAGUAAUUUACUAAGCCAGUUACUGAAGCCAGUGCCAUACUUCACUCCACCUUGGUCAAGAAGUCAGGAAGCCCUUGUAUACUCCUGGUCUCCUGAAUACAGAGAGCAAGCAGGGAGCCAUCCGCACCCCGAAGUGUGAGCUGGGGAGGCGUAUAAGCCAACGCAGACAUACACCCAGCCCCCUGGGGGAAGAGCUUUAGGAGCCCAGGGAGGGACUUUGCUGCAGAGGUUCCUAUGCAAAAAGGGCUGGGAUGGUCUUGGCGCCCCUGGCCUCAGCUGACUUGGAACAGUCGGAACAUUUCCCUGUCAUUCCUUGACAUCUGCAGUCAGCCGUACCACGGCCUGUGGUUCAGGCAGGCUUGUGUGCUCACGCAAAGGCUGGACCUAGGGAUGCAGAUGUGUCCACAGGUGGGUGGGGGAACGGGCUGCACCUAGCAGGGCCUCUGCCUUCCUCAAGCCCUGUGUUCUCCUGACCUCCACUCGGAACAGUGCUCAGUCCCAGGCCAGGCAGGACCCUGGCUCUUUCACAGCCCCCACCCCUCCCCGGCCAUGCCAACAGCUCUGGGCUUGUUGGUUCCAACAAGAACAGAACUCGGGCAGUCCAGGGAAACACAGGGACCUUCCCCAGUGCCAAAUGCUUGCAGAGUUGAUCCUCUGGGAAGCUCACCCCAGUCUGGCUGCCUUGCCACUUCCCCCUCAACCCACAUUGUCUACACGGCCAUCAUUUUAGGACCUUGUGCCAGGUACUGGGAGGGAGGCGAGAACAGACUCCCAGAGCCUACAGUCUCAGUGACCUGAUGUGAUGGCUAAGGCCAAUGAAUUCAUUGGCCCCACACUGAAGAUACAGCAGUUAUUUCUCAGCAUCACCCACUGUGUGUGGACACCUGAGUCCCCAGACUGUAACCCCAAAUUUAAAAGCACCUGCAGUCAAGGGAUAUUGGCCAAGCCCCAUCUUUUAGGACCAUUUCCAGGAAGGUGGAAGUCUCCAUUCCUGUCAACAUGCAGCUCCCGCUCCCCAAGCUGCCACUUGAGAUCACCGCAGCAUGAUGGUAGCCAGAGCCCUCAGCCAGACCAGGGCCUGGACCCAGCCUCCCACUCCUGUUUGACCCACCGUGUUGUGCCUAGCGUCUUGCACCGCUCUCAACCCUCGCACUCUGGCCAUCCGAGAGGGGGAGCUCUUAGGCUGCCCCCUCUAAGCCCUCAAGAGCGUGGUCCGCAGGGAAAACUGCCCCGUCUCUGUCAUCACCAGCAGCAGCUCUACCAUGGGGGGCAAACGUGUGCGUGAUAGAUGAGGCUUGGCUCCGUCGUGGCUUUGGGUGUUGGGGGAGAGUUGUAAGUGACCAGACCAGAGGACCGUCUCCUGUCUGUAGGGGCCAUGUCAGGCCACCCUACGGUUUCUGAGUGGUCUAACUCAGCAGGCCAGGAGCCACUUUCUAGGAAGAGUACCUUCACCACAUUCGUGGGACCGUGCUCGUUGCUAGAUGCCUGUGGGCAAGGCCUGUGCCUGUACCAACAACCAUUCCGAGAAUCUUCCCUCUAAACACGGGUAGAGGCCCCCAAGUGUCUGGUCUGAGUUGCGGAGGGUGCUGUUAAACUCUGCUUUGGGGAUGAAGACAGAAUCCUCCCAGUCUGAGCCACUCAGUGGUAGCGCUGGCCUUCAGCCUCCCAUGAUCCCCUCUGUGCAGCCCCUAGAUCCUAGUGCCCUGUCCCUUUGGAUCCUUUUGGACCAGGCAAAAGACCUCCAUCGUCUCAGCCUCCCAGUCCAGGCCCACACCCUACUGUUAGGAGCUGAAGGCACCUGACCUGUGUGGACUGCACUGGAUAUCACUGAGUGUCCCCCUCAACCCCAUAACCUGACUGUCCACAGCCCUCCCCCGUCCCCCUCAGGGAAGGCUGACACUGCUUCACCCCAGCCCUUGCCUUCUGCAGAAAGUACUGCUGCAAGAGAUGCACCCACAGAUCCCACAUACUACCUGCUAACAAACAGCCAGUGCCCUGAGGGCAGACUUCACUCUCUUCUGACCCCCUCCCCUUCUUCACCGACCCAGCCUCCUGACAAGGAGAUCUCCCACACCCAGGAGAGACUCAGGAAGCCUCCAGAUCUUCCCUCCCCGCCCAGUAGUAGCCUGCCACCCUCUUCUGAGGAUUCCGGGGCACAGAGCAUCUUCUAGCUGCCAUUGCUUUUCUCUGAGCCUCCUGGUAAGCUCCAGGUACACCCCCGGGGCUCUCAGGAACCCAGUCCUCAGACUCCGGCACCUCUCACCAGAGAUUCGGUCUGGACUACUGGAGGCAAGCACUUCCAGGCUGUUGAUCUUGUCUGACUACAUCCUAGAGAAAGCCCCAGCAUCCCAAAGAACAUGGCCAGGACUGUAAGCAGGCCUCCCCACACCCCACCCCUCAGUAAGAAAAAGCCUUAUACACACCUGCUUAGAGUGAUUGGGCUUACAGACACUCCCCCAUGCCAGAUGAUGGCCAUGUCAAGGAGGGAGCAGGUGGAAGAAAACCAGAAAUAACAGUCUCCAUCCAAAGUCCUGGGCCCAGUAGUCGGAGUGGGGUACCCUAUGAGGGGCAGCUUUCUUCUCUUCCCCAAGUACAAAAGGCCACCAGCAGAAACAGUGCCCUUCCCAGAAGCCCUCGGCCUCCUCCCCCACCCCGCUUUAGCGUCUUGCACCAGCCACAGCUGCCUCCCCUGCAUGGGCAGCAGCCCCCCACUUCCCAGGCUUCUCCCUGGCUUCUGACUUGACCCCUGUGGCCUAUGCACACCUUCUGUCCCAGGCCAGAGGCCGGGUACCCCAUGUUCCCCUUAGCGGAGCCUUUCUUAGGUGCAGUGCCCCCCACCCAUUGCCAUCACCUACCCUCAUUAACUGUAAUUUUGUAAGAAGAGUGACUUGCUGGUUUAAUAAAUACCUAGUUAUUGUAAUAAUUUAUUGGCUGCCAUAAUGUAUUUAUUAGUCACCCUCCAUUAAUAAAAAUGCCAGCUCUUUCUAG